AUGAGGAAAGUUAUUCAUACUUUGUCAAUACCAUUUAAAAUUAAAGAUUAUCCUGACGUUCCAAUACAACUUGUUCCAGUUGAAGAUGAAAAAUUUAGAUAUAGCCAAUGUUUGAAAGUGGACAAUGCAGCUGUACCCAGUUUAAUUAUUCCAAAAGGUUUUACACUUGUAAAAAGAUCAGAUACUGAGCAGAAUCACCCUUUCAAUGAUGCAGAUUUGACAGAAAUAGUUCAAAGUAUAUUUUCACCAGAGUUUCAAUGUUGUAAAAGAUUGUUGCUUAAAGAUCUUCAAACAUUAGAGCAUGUCAAUAUAGAUUCAUCUGAUGAUGCUCCUUGUUUAAUUUGUUUGGUUACAAUAACUGAAAGAGUUCCUGUAUUGUUAUUACCAUGUAAUCAUUUUUAUCAUGCACAUUGCUUAGUUGAAUAUAAAAGAUCAUUCAUACCAACAAGAUGGAGUAUAACACUUGGUGCUACAUUGAAGCCCUUGAAAUGUCCAGUUUGUAAUUUGAAUCUUGUUAGAUUGCUUCAAUAUUGUAUUGAUAAGAGAUUAGAUCCUGAAAAGAUCAUUUUUGAUAAUAAAGGGUGA